UGUAGUUCUGCGGAAGAAAGGGCACGUUGGGCACAUUAGUGAUAGCUAUAUUCUACAGGUUAGCGACAAUGUUUCAGCACAAUGUAUCUAAAGAAGCGCUGGUUGGCACCGCUACACUUGGUGUUGUUUUUGCAGCUGGUUAUUUAAUAGCAAAACGCAGAUACACAUUUGACACCAUGGACAUCUUCAAAAGUCAUUCUGGAGGAAAGGACCAUCCUGUAUUGCAGUAUGUAUUGAAUCAUUCAAUGAGGGAGCACCCGGUACUGAAAAAACUCAGACUGAAAACCUUUGAAGAUCCCUUGAACUUCAUCAUGGUCGCCUGUGAGCAAGCACAAUUCAUGGCAAACCUUGCAAGACUGAUCAAAGCCAAGAAAGCCAUCGAGAUUGGAGUGUACACAGGGUACAAUGCACUGAGCCUGGCACUGGCUGUGCAAGACGACGGCCAUGUCGUGGCCUGCGAUGUCAAAGAGGAAUACACCAAUGUGGGCAAGCCCUUCUGGAAAGAGGCUGGAGUUGACCACAAGAUUGAUCUCCGCAUACAACCUGCUCUGAAAACCCUUGACGAUCUCCUCGCAGCUGGUGAGGCGGAGACCUUUGACUUUGUGUUCAUCGAUGCUGACAAACAGAAUUAUGACAACUAUUACGAGAAGUCCCUUCAGCUCAUGAGGAAAGGAGGUAUCAUAGCCAUUGAUAAUGUGCUCUGGAGCGGGAAGGUGGUGAACCCAGCAGAGGACGAUUUGGACACCCAGGCCAUCGACAAGCUGAACAAGAAGAUCCACAGAGACGUCCGGGUCAACAUGAGCAUGCUGACCGUGGGGGACGGUCUCACGUUGGCCUUUAAACUCUAACGGGAACCUGCACAAGCAGAACACAGUCCUUAACAUGGUGAAAAUCAGAGCGCUGGGUGCCCUUAUGGCCUGACUACGGGAGAUUGAUUUCUUCUUAGAGAGGCCAAACACUCCUGUGCCGUGAUGUUCAGGGAUGGUUUUUCAGGGUUUUUUAAAUUUGAUUAGUUUGAUUAUUGUAUCUGAUAGCGGAGGAAUAUGCGCCAGUAAAUUGUGAAGUAAUGAUCUUGAGAGAUAAAAACUGUGGUUAUGAAUGUUUCGGAAUCAUUUUGAUAUAUGCAGUCAGUUUCCGAUCGGGAACGGAAGGGCAAAAUAAUUAACAUUUUAAAUUUAAAUAUUUGUGCAGCUGUCUUUGGAAGUCAUAAUAUAGCCAUUGCAUAGCAUCUAAACAGUAUAGAAUGGGUGAUUAAUGGAAAUAGAACAGGGCUGAGAUAAUGAAAGUUUAAACUGUAAUGCCUUGUGCAGUGUUUGGAUACUAUGAAAUGGAAGAAAAGGCUUCCCUUGCCACAUAUAAAACGUGUCAAAUGAGGAACG